GGGCUCUGAGGGAAUUGGCGCGCAUGCGCGGGGCUGGGCCGUGGGGUGCCCCGCGGGGGGGGACGACGACCGGUCCCGGCCCCGUGUCUGCCGAGGGGCCGGUGCCGACGUUUGCCCCCCGUCUCCUCCGCCUCGCUCGGCAUUCCCGGCGGGACCCGCCUGCCCCUCGCGGUUUUCCUGCGGGUCGCUGGGAGCUCCGGCGGGGAAAUGGGGCGAGGGAGCCCGGUCCUCCGGUUCCACCCGCCGCCGUCUGUCGCCAGUGGGGUGUGCGGCCUCCCUUGGGGGACCGAAGCGCGGAGGUGCCGGUGGAGUCCCGGGAGGGGGGCUGCAGAAAAGCAACGCUUGGCCGCGAUCCCGCGAGCAUGUGCGAGUACCUAGAGAGUGACCGAAGUGUUGAUGACGUGGGGCUGCCAACUGGCAGGAUACAGCGAGAGAAAAAGCGCUCUUACAAGGAUCUGCUGCAAGAGGAAGACGAGAUAGCAACUCAGGACAGUGAUCUUUUUCCGGGGACAGAACCUCACAAAAAGAAGAGAAAGCACUCCUCAGAUGAGUUCUGCUACAGAGGUGUUUCGCCUUUGGAUCUACCAUCAAAGAAGAAGAAAAAAGCAGUUUCUAGCCCAUCCUCAGCUGAUACAACCAUGGAUUUACUCAAGGCUAUCACCUCACCUUUGGCCACAAGCUCAAAGUCUUCAAAGAAGACCUCUGAAAAAUCAUCUUAUUCUUCCUCUGGCCAUUCUGAAAGCAAAAAGGAGCACCACAAGAAGAAGCUGAGUGGGAGCAGUGGGGAGCACUCAGUGGAUGAUGGCAGCUUCCACAAAUCUAAAAAAAUGAAACCUCUCUAUGUGAACACAGAGACACUUACUCUUCGUGAACCUGAUGGCUUGAAGAUGAAGCUCAUCCUUUCACCGAAAGAGAAAAGUAGUGCAGCAGAUGAUGAUUCUUUCUCCUACUCUUCAGCACCAGCAGCUGCAAAGAAAUCUUCAAAGAAAUCGGCUCGAGAUGAGCAAGGCUCAUUCCUGCUGGGUCAUGAACUGCAGAGCUUCCUGAAGUCAUCCCGGAAGAAGCACAAACCGCCGCCGGACUCACAUCCACCUUCUGAGAAUUUUGGUGCUGACACCUCCCUUUUUUCAGAGGGCCAUGGGAGCGAGUAUGAGAUUUCAGGUGUGGAGGCACCGCCAGAAUCUGGUUCCUCUUCUGGUGGGGAGUUGGAGGCUGGAGAGCUAGUGAUAGAUGACUCCUACCGUGAAAUCAAAAAGAAGAAGAAGUCAAAAAAAAGUAAGAAAAAAAAAGACAAAGAGAAACACAGAGAGAAGAAGCACUCUAAGUCUAAAAAGAGUUCUGGGCACGGUCCUGUGGCAGUAGCUGAAGUGUCACCACCACCUCCUCCCAGUACCCCCUAUGUUCUUCCUCCACCUCCUCCUGCUGCUUUUCACUCAGAUGGUCAAGGUGAGAAGAGAAGGAAAAAGGAAGAAAAGGAGAAGGACAAAGCUGAGAAAUGGGAAAAGGAAAAGGAAAGAGAAAAAGAAAAGGAAAAAGAAAGAGAAAAAGAAAAGGAAAAGGAAAGAGAAAAAGAAAAGAGGAAAGGAAGAAAAAAAGAAAGAAAGGAAGAAAAGGAAAGAGAGAAAGAAAAGGAAAAGGAAAGAGAGAAAGAAAAGGAAAGAGAAAAAGAAAAGGAAAAGGAAAGAGAAAAAGAAAAGGAAAAGGAAAGAGAAAAAGAAAGAGAAAAACCAAAGAAGAAAAACAUGUCUGCCUAUCAAGUGUUCUGUAAGGAAUAUCGUACAACUAUUGUGUCUGAGCACCCUGGAAUAGAUUUUGGAGAGCUAAGUAAAAAACUGGCGGAAGUGUGGAAGCAGCUACCUGAGAAGGAUAAACUGAUCUGGAAACAGAAAGCUCAGUAUCUCCAACACAAGCAAAAUAAAGCAGAAGCCACCACUGUGAAGAGAAAGGCAUCAUCUUCAGAUGGGGCACCAAAAAUAAAAGCUUCUCCAACAGGAGUGAUUUCCCCUCAUAAGAAAUCCCCCACCAGCACUGUGGUGGUGUCUUCCUCACCAGCCAAAGUCCCUGAGACAGAUCCUAUUGAUGUAGCUGCACACUUACAGUUGCUGGGUGAAUCUCUGAGCCUUAUUGGUCACAGACUGCAGGAAACAGAGGGAAUGGUGGCUGUUUCAGGAAGUUUGUCAGUACUUCUAGAUUCAAUCAUCUGUGCUUUGGGCCCGUUAGCAUGUCUGACCACACAACUACCUGAGUUGAAUGGCUGCCCUAAGCACGUUUUGUCAAACACUCUAGACAACAUCGCCUACAUCAUGCCUGGACUUUGAUGGGAAAGGAUCCUGGGAUGUACUCAACCUCUGCGUAACUGACUUGUGUACAUAUGCACUACGCCGGCACUCCCAAUGGGCUCCGUGUGUAGGGUUUUAAAGUUUUAUAUCUGUAUAGUAUAUACAUAGGAUUGUAACUAUUUGACUUCUAUUUUAUGAAAAGUUGUGAAGUUAAGCUGAGAAAACCCUUUUGUGUUGGUGAGUGAAAUGUCCUCCAAUCUGAAAGUAUUUUGUAUGAAGAAUUCAGAAAGCUUUUGAGAUACUCGCCUUAAAUUCAGAUCCUUUGGGGGGGGAAGCAGCCAGAGAAUGGACUUCUCGAUAUAAAGAAAAAACGUCACCAUGAGAAGGGUCAUUGAAACAGGUGGCUCAGAGGGGUUGUUGACUCUCCAUCCUUGGUGAUAAACUGAAUGAUAGGCCUGCUCUAGUUGGACUUCCUUUAAGCAGCAGGAUGGACCAGAUGACCUCCUGAUAUCCCUUCCAAACUAAAGUAUUCUGAUAUUCUAUGGGCAGGUAGAGAUGAUGAUAUAUUUUGGACCAAAGAAUAGAACUGAACUCUUCACCAGCCCUGUUUCUAACUGAUUUUCAGUUUAAAAUCUACUGCGUGAGGGGAAAGCUGGAUAGCUGAUCAAAGAUACAGAGGCCUUUGCCUCUUGGUCACUUCUUCCAACCCCCCCUCUUCAGUCAGUAAUAACUGAAAGUUGUCAGCGUCAGCUGGCUGGUCUGGUAGCUGGCAUUUGAAGUAAAGUGGAAGAUGACAACAAAUUUAAUCUUUUCCUGUGGACUUGCACCCAAAUCAUCAUUGGCACGAUACAUCAACCAACUGCAUUGGCUUGAGAGAAUGAACCUCCUGCUGAUUUUUCCAGGGCAUGGUCAGCCUGCUUUGAUGGAGAGGAGCAUGGAAGCAGAUGGGAAAAACUGGGAUUGCUUCUGCCCAUCUUGCACCUGUUUUGUGAACAGACAAUUUUGGUUUCUGAGAUCGCUCAUCCCCCAUCCCUUUCACCAGCAGUAUCGAAAGAGCCGUGGUGCUGCUGUGAGGCAGUGACUAAUGACCAGUUUGAAGCAGUUACGGCUGAGUAAGGCACAUGUGGGUUGAUUGGACCGAUUCCCCUUCCUUCCAGCCACAUACUUGGUGUUUGGUUUUCUGCUCCUCUAGAAGAGGAGCCGCAGGAGAGCACUUGAUUCUCAUAUAAGCUUUUGUGUGUCUGUAUGUACGUGUAUGUGGUGUUCAUAUCGUAUGUAUUUAACUUUUACCAAUAUCUGUAACAGAUUUUAAUUUAUCCUGUAUAUUUCUCUGUGUGUGUAUAUAUAUAUAUAUACAUAAUUUAAAAGCAAAAAUCCCUCCCUCCACCCAACAGUGUGUGGAAAAUACAAAUCAAGUUUGCCUCACCCCACUUCCUGCAGGAAUCAGCUAUAUGCAUAGUAGUAAGCAUUGGCAUUGUAUGGGGAAGCACCAGGAAGUUUUUAAGUGUCUGUAGAAACAGGCUAUCUUGUGAAGGUAGGUAGAACAACUGAAAUAUCAUUUGACUCUAGCGUUUCCAGCCCUAUAAUUUAAAAAUUUUAAAAUGACAGAAGAGCACUUUUUUACUUCCAAUCUGAAGUCUAGCUUCUGUUUUUCAGGGCAGUUGAAAGUGAGCUGACCCUUAUUGUGGUUGAGCCCCAAAUCACACUUAAAUCCUCAGGUGUGCAGGAUGGUUUUUCUCCCCGUUCCUCUUUACCAUGUAUUCCCCAGCUGUGCCUGCACAAGGUAGUCUGUCUCUUACAGAGCUUUUCUCAGUGCACUGUUAGGUUUUUCUUGGUCAGUGGAGGAGGCAGAAGGUUCUCAGACCACCAUGCAAGUUCCCAACCCAAGUGUCAGACCAGAGCAUACGUGUUUUAACAAUACAUCACUAAUCCCAGUGAGCCUGGAAUUGGGAAGGGCCCAGGAGGGAGGCAGUCUCACCCUGCCUCAGAUCCUGACCUGUACUAAAGCAUCCGCUGUUGGGAGCGGCACAAAAUCCGUGGCUCUUUCCAGCCCUUUACAAUUGAGAGCAUCAUGGUGAAGGGAUAGAUCUGCUCUCUAAGGAACAGAAGGGGAUCAGCUUUAGCUUUGUCAUCUGUACAAUGGAAAACUCUUGAAGAGUGAAAAACACACACAACCCUGGUGUAUUGUAUUUUUAUUAAAAUUUGUACACUUUGUAUAAUCUGUAUCUUGUGGUAUUUGGUACUAGAGGGAAAACUUUGGCAAGACUUAGCAGUUUUUAUAUUUUUGUUAUUUCUUUGCUGUUUGAUCCAGAUUACAUUACAAUUAUACAGCGAAACCUUUUUGUACUGUACUUACAAUAUAAUUUUUUUUAACA